UAAAUACUACAACGAUGGAUAUCGAUGGUCUUGUUGAUGAAAAUUAUAUCAGAACACUAGUCGUUGAAAGAAGGUGGACACAUAAGGAAAUUAGUAAUUUUCUGAAAGAAAACUAUCCAGGUAAAGAUGGCCUUAGUGAAAUGAGUGUGAGGAGGUAUUGUAAAGUCAAUAAUAUUCAUAAAUCCUCGAGGCUUCCAGACAAUCAACUUGAUGUUGUGGUGAGCAACGCAGUCUCUCAGGUUGGUCCAACUUACGGAAGGAAAAUGCUGAAAGGCAAACUAGAGGCAGAGGGAGUUCGAGUCCAUGACAAGAGAAUUUCUAAGUCAUUACAAAGAGUAGCUCCAGGAUAUCACCAACAAAGAGUUCAAAAUACAGCAAGACUUUUUAAUCCACUACCAUACAAGUCGGAUUACUUUGGUCAUAAAAUCCAUCUCGAUCAAAACGAGAAAUUAGUUAUGUAUGGUUGCACGACAGUGAUAGCAUCAGAUGGUUACAGUAAUUAUGUUUUGGCCGCUGCAUCAAUGCCAGUAAAAAACAAUGUAGAAAUUUACAGAGCUGUUUUAAGACCAAUUCUUUUGGAAUAUGGGUUAUGGGACCAGGUCAGAGUAGACUGUGGUAAAGAAUUUUAUUUGACAUUAUUUGUGCAAGAAACAUUGGCUCCUCAUAGAUGCAACACUUUAAGAAAGCCCUUUAAACAAACUCCUUCAACCAAGAACCAUAUGGCUGAACGACAUUGGGUUGAAGUAAAUGGAAGGGUUAAUUAUCCAAUCAAGCAACAACUACAUAAAAUGGUCCAAGAAGAACUUAUAGAUAUGACAGAUGAAAUUGAUAAAUAUUGUGUUUCAUGGAUAACAAUUCAAACAGUUCAGGCAGGAAUACAGGAGCUGCUUCCAGCAUGGAAUAAUCACUCAAUUCCAGGAAAAGGAAAGCCAGUGAAUAUCAUGAGGACCUGUUAUUCAGCAGUAUCUCUUCAAGAACACAGCAUUCCCACCCCUGAAGCUGCAGUUUUACAAUAUGAGCGUGCAGGAGGGAAGUUGAAACACUUUGGUUUAUUUGGUGUUGACCCUUUGGAAAGUGAUCCAUUUUUAAGAGCAACUAGAUCCAGAGAAUUCCUAAAGCAUUUUCCAUCAUUUGAUGUAAUUUUCAAUGAACUGGUAAACAACAAACCUAACAUGAUGAGGCAAGCUGUUAUGCUAUUUAUCAAUAUCACAAGAGAUUUAGCAGUGUCCUCUUCUUAAACUGUAAACUGACUUUCAUGUGCAUUAUAUUUUGUGUUUCCAAUGUCCUGUGUGAGAAUUUAUGCUUGAGUCUUGUCUUGUGCAAUUCUUGUGGUUAGCAAAAAUCAGUGUUAUAACAGCCAUCAAAGUUAUUUUGAGCAAAUAUUUUCCUCUUGCCUUAUUUCAUUAUGACAUUAAGGGGCAGUUCCAUGAAAAUUUCGUAAAAGUUUGUGCAAAAAUCACGAUACAAAGCUAGACU